GAUCACGUCCACACUGAAGAUUAAAGUUUAAAGCUUGUGAAAAUGGAGCUUCUGUCUGCAGCAAACACACAGUUUUCCCUCAACCUGUUCAAGAAGAUCAGCGGAGGAAACGCAUCAGGAAAUGUGUUUUAUUCUCCUGUCAGCAUCUCCUCGGCUCUGGCCAUGGUGUCGCUCGGUGCCAAAGGAAACACCGCAGAUCAGAUGUUUAAGGUCUUGGGAUUUAACAGUCAAGCUCAUCAACCAGUGGAGCAAAUUCACUCAAGCUUCAAUGAGUUGAUGAGUGAACUGAACAAACCAGGAGCCCCGUAUGUGCUGAGUCUCGCCAACCGCCUCUACAGAGAGCAAACCUACCAGUUUCUUGAGAAAUUCCUCAACGACACAAAAAGAUACUAUGAAGCCGGACUGGAGAAGGUGGACUUCAAGAAUAAACCAGAGGACGCACGUGUCAACAUCAACACAUGGGUGGAGGAAAACACACAAGAGAAGAUCAAGGAUUUGCUGCCGUCAGGAGCCAUUGAUGAACUUACAAGACUGGUUUUGGUGAACGCCAUCUACUUCAAGGGGAACUGGGAGAAGAAAUUCCCAAAGGAAGCCACCAGAGAUAGACAGUUUAAGCUGAACAAGAAUCAAACUAAACCAGUGACGAUGAUGCAUCAGACAUCAGAGUUUCCAUGUGGCUAUAUCCCAGAGAUGAAGAGUCAUUUUCUGGAGCUGCCGUAUGCAGGGAAGAAUCUCAGUAUGUUGAUCAUCCUUCCUGAUGAGAUUGAAGACGAAACCACUGGCCUUCAGAAGCUGGAGAAGGCACUGACCUAUGAGAAGCUCAUGGAGUGGACCAAACCGGAAGGGAUGCGUCAUCAAAUAGUUCAAGUCUUUCUGCCCAAAUUCAAGACGGAGCAAACCUACGACAUGAAGAGUCUUCUGAUCAGCAUGGGGAUGGAGGAUGUGUUUGACCCACAGAAGUUUAAUCUAACAGGCAUGUCCUCCAGCAAUGACCUGGUGCUGUCCAAGGUCAUUCAUAAAGCCUUCGUUGAGGUCAAUGAGGAAGGAACCGAAGCGGCUGCGGCCACUGGCCCCGUCAUGAGGUUUCUGUGCUAUAUGCUCCCACUGUAUUUUAUUGCAGAUCAUCCGUUCCUUUUCUUCAUCCGACACAAUCCCACCAAGAGCAUUCUGUUUUACGGACGCUUCUGCUCUCCUUAGAGAUGCUAAUGUUGGUGUGAUGAUAACCGAUGCCUGUGUUUCUAUUAUAAUCAAAUGCUCUAUAAAGAAACUGAGUGUGCUGUCUAGAUUUUUUUUCUGCAGUGAACGUAUUACUCAGCUUUUUACAGUGUUGUGAAUUUCUCUAGUCUGGCUCAUGGCACCAAACUGUUGUGAAAUUCUAAGAAGAGCCCAAAAAAACAGGGAGAACUUUCGGUUGUCUUCAA